AUGCCAUACUGUGCCGUGCCAUGCCAUAAUGUGCUGUGCCAUGCCAUACUGUGCCACACCACACCACACUACUUUGCCACACCACCACACCCAGUGCCAUACAGUGCUGUGCCAUGCCAAGCAGGCAGGCAGGCCUUCACCGUCGUCGUCCGUCGUGGGGCGGAGGCCGGGGCGCGUGGGGCGGCGCGGGCGCGGGUGCUGCCGCCGGCGGCAGCCGGGGAAGGUCUUGCUCACCCGCUCCUCCCCUCCGCCUCAAGUCAAAACACGUCCCUGUGUCCCGGGCACAGCACAGCCGGCAGCGGCGGCGAGCGCCCAGGGUCCCGGCCUGGCAUGGGGGAGGCAAGCGACACCGACAGUGGGAUCAUGCUGCAUUCGGGCCCUGACAGCCCUGUGUCACCCCUGAAGGAGCGGGCGCAGGCAGGGCGCAGGCAGCAGCAGGCGUUGGAAGCCCGGCUGGAGGGCUGCGUGCAGGAGCUGCGGCGGCUCUGCCUACGCGAGGCGGAGCUGACGGGAACACUGCCCCGCGAGUACCCCCUGAAAGCUGGCGAGAAGCCCCCUAAGGUCCACCGCAGGAUCGGUGCUGCCUUCAAGCUGGAUGAGACCCUCGUCCUGCGCGGGGACCCACUGAGCGCCCUGGAGCGGGACCUGGCGCUCCAGCUGCAGAUCGCCAAGGCCGCCCAGCGUCUCUGCCGAGAGGAGAACAUCAGCAAGCGGCUCCGCAAGCGCCGGCAGACGGCGGCACUGCUGGAGGAGCAGAAGCUGAAGGACCUGGAGAACAUCCUCAACCAGCGACGGCUCCUGGCCGGUCGAAGGCCCCUGCCUGCCGGCGGUGGAACCAGUGCUGCCGAGGGCUGGGAGCUGCCUGCAGUGCCGGCAAUGCAGCUCGGCAAAGCCGGCCUGGCCGGUACCGCCACCGUCCCGGAGCGUGUCGGGACAGGCGGCGUGGGAGAGGGGGAGCGGAGGCCUCCGGGGACGCGCUGGGUGGCGGCAGGUGCCGUGGGAGCGUUUUGGCACCCGCCGGCGGCACCGGCACCGUUCUCACCCGUCCCCUGCCCCGCAGAGCUCAGCGCCUCCGACGACAGCUCCCUGUCAGACGCCGUCCUGCUGGAGGAGGAGGAGACGCGGCCGUCGGGACCUGCCACCCCACGGGGGUCCCCGUCCCCCGAGGAACCCGCUGAGGAGGAGGUGUCGGGGCCCCCGCCGGCCCCCCCCAGCCCCUGGCAGGACACCAGCCUCGACAGACCCUACGAGAAGGCCAAAAAACCUGGCGUUGAACCCGGGGAUGGGGAAACCCGGGGUUCCCGGUGCUACCCUGGGUCCCCGCCGGCCGUCCCCACUGCCCCCUCGGCCCCCAGCAGCCCUGACCCCGCAGCCUCGCCAGCGCCCAGGGCGGGGGACGUCCCUCCCUACCGCUUCGUCCCCAUCAGGACCCUGGUGCUGUGCCGGCAGGCGGGCUCCAGCGCUCCCAGCACCCCGGAGCCAUCGGGCCGGCGGGGACAGUCCCAGUCCCUGAGGGUGGAAGCGUGCUGGCAGCCUGGUGAGCCACGGGGCCGCAGCGCUGUACCCCGCCGGCGCCCCACGUACUACACAGUGACGGUGCCCACCUCCUGCAUCCCGAACCCCAGCCCCACGCACCACUCCGGCUCCGACGACAGCAUCUCCGACCUCUCCAGCAUCUCCCACGCCACCUCCCCAGGCAGCAGCAGCCCUGACGUCUCCUUCCCGCGCCCCCCAGUCCCACCGCCCCUCGCCGAACCUGGUUACUACCCCCGGGGUGCCCACCGGUUCCUGCCACCCACCGGCCCCCCAGCUUUCCUCUACGAGCAGGAUCUGGCUCCGUUACGCUACCAACGCCUGGUGCCCUCGCACAGCCGCAUCGUGCGCACCCCCUCGCUCAAGGACUACGCGCCGGCAGGCGGCCGGGGGCUCUCCAAGGCGGCCGUGACCGAGGAGCUCAAGUCAUGGCACCAGCGCGCCCGGCUGCGGGGUGCCCGUCCCCACUCCCUUGACCGGCAAGGGGCCUUUCGGGGACCCCGUGGUGGGACCACCAGGGACGUGCCCAUCACCCGUGGAGUCCUGCCGCGGGCUCAGGUGCCCCCGAUUCACGUCCUGCGGCGCUCCCCGGAUGGCGUGCCCGUGCAGGUCUACGUGCCUGAGAACGGCGAGAUCGUCACACAAGUGUAA